AUAACAGGCAAAUCGUUCAUUGAAAGAGAAAAAUAUCUGUUAUUGAAAAUUAAUUUAUUUGGUGAAUUCAAACGAAUAAAUUAAUAAUCCUUGAUGGAAAUCGAUUGAUAAGAACGAAAAUUUAAGGAUAGAAUUAUGGAUAAGAAGGUUAAAAAUCAGCCAAUACGCAAUGAAUGCGUACAAGUCAUUGUUAGAUGUAGACCAUUGAGCAAUAAAGAAAAGGCAGGAGCUUUUCAGCAAGUUGUUGAUGUUUUUCCUAACAGAGGAGUUAUCGAAAUCCUUAAUCCAAAUGAGACUACUCGUGAGAAUAAGAAAAUGUUUACAUAUGAUGCAGUUUACAAUGAAAAUGCAAAUCAACAAUCAAUUUAUGAUGAAGUAGUUCGACCUCUCGUUUCUUCUGUCCUUGAAGGCUUUAAUGGAUGCUGCUUCGCAUAUGGUCAAACAGGAACAGGAAAAACAUAUACAAUGGAAGGAACAAGAGAAAGUCCAGAAAAUAAAGGCAUAAUUCCAAGAACAUUUGAACAAAUUUGGUCUCAUAUUAAUCGUACACAAAACAUGAAUUUUUUGGUUGAAGUAUCCUACCUUGAAAUUUACAUGGAAGAGCUUCGAGAUUUAUUAAAACCAGGAAAUAAUCACCUUGAAUUGCGUGAACGUGAAAAUGGAAUUUGUGUUCCUAAUUUGCACUCGGUCUUGUGUAAGAGUGUCGAUGAUAUGAUGAACGUAAUGAAUGUUGGAAAUAAGAAUCGAACUGUUGGAUUUACAAAUAUGAAUGAGCACAGUUCUCGAUCACACGCAGUUUUUGUCAUAAAAAUUGAAAUGUGUGAAAUGGAUAGUACAGCUAUCAAAGUUGGAUGUUUAAAUCUUGUUGAUCUUGCAGGCAGUGAGAGGCAAAGCAAAUCAGGUGCCACAGCGGAACGUUUAAAAGAAGCAAGCAAAAUUAACAGAGCUUUAUCGUCGCUGGGUAAUGUCAUAAGCGCUUUAGCCGAAAAGUCUCCUCAUGUUCCAUACAGAGAUUCCAAAUUAACACGUCUUUUACAAGAUUCACUUGGAGGAAAUUCAAAAACAAUAAUGAUUGCCAAUAUUGGGCCAAGUGAAUAUAAUUAUAAUGAAACGCUCACAACUUUGAGAUACGCACAUCGUGCAAAGACGAUUCAGAACAAACCUGUUAAAAAUGAAGAUCCACAGGAUACAAAAUUACGCGAAUACCAAGAAGAAAUUGCUCGUCUUAAAAAGCUCAUUUCUGAGCGUCAAACAAAGGAGAAGCCAAUUGUAAAGCGUAAAAAAUCUGCUCGUGUCCGUAAAAUAUCAGAUUCAGAAAAAUCUUCCGAAGAAGAGGAAGAAGACAAUAACGACAACAAAGAUGUAAAUGAGAAACAACUUUUAUUACAAAAUGAGGUAUCAAAUGAGGCAUUGGAAAGAGAAAAGGAAGUUACAAAUGAAUUGGCUACAAAAUUAGUAGAAUUAGAGGGUCAAUUAAUAAGGGGAGGAAAGAACAUAUUGGAUACUUAUACUGAACGUCAAAUUGAAUUAGAAACUAAGUUAGCUGAAAUUUCGGAGAGGAAGAAACGAGAGAUUGAAAUGCAACAGCAGCUUGAAUUACAUGAAGAAUCAACAAUGGAAAUUCGUGAGACUUUUACUUCUUUGCAACAAGAAGUUGAAUUAAAGACGCGCAAAUUAAAGAAAUGCUAUGCAAAAUGUGUAUCCUUAAAGCAAGAAAUACAAGAUACUAAAGAGGAACAUAAUCGCGAUAGACGUGAAUUAGAAAUGACUCAAAAUGACUUAAUUAAGGAACUAAAGCGUCUUUUGUUAAUUAUUGAUAAUUUUGUACCUCUUGAAGUAAAAUCGAGACUUUAUACGCAAGCACAUUACGACGAAGAACAAGAAGAAUGGACGCUUAGCACAAAUAUUUUAAAUGAGAAUCAAAUGAAAGUUCGUCCUGUCGCACAUAUACAGAAUCGACGACCAAUGUCCGAGUAUGCAAUGAAUGUAAUUAAGGCAACAAAAGGUUCCAAUAUAACUCGAUUCAAAAAUGAAAAUAUUAUUACUCAUGAGCUGGAUUUACCUCUUAGAACUACGUAUGAGUAUAAAAAUCCAAAAGUUUCGGCAAGUCUCAAAGCCGUUUUAGACGAAGCAAUGAGAACUGAAGAUGAUAUAGACAUUACUGGAGAGUCUUACGCAUCACAGAUGAAAGCUCGCUUAGAUCGUAUCACAAAUUCAAAUGUUCAGCCUGAGCAAGCGCCAUUGAAUAAUCGUCCUGGUCAGAUAAGGGCUCGUUCUUCGGUAAGAACAGCUGCAGAGUCACGAAUGAGUCUUAUGGAAUCUAAAAAGUCUCAAUCGGCAAUUAAAAACUACCCAAAAACUCGUGGACUCAUCCCAAAAUAAGAUGAGUUUCUCAUUUAAGUUUCGUAUUCAUUAUUACCUAUCAUCUAUCAUAAUUUAUCACAUUUAAAGCUUAAUGCUCGCUAAUAUUUGCUUAUAGGCACCGAGUGAAGAGAUUUUCCAUUUUCUCAAAUCAUCACCCAUUAUGAUAUUAAAACAGAAUUAGAGUGUCAAGAGAGAAAAGAUUAAAAAUCACAUAUAUAUAUAUAUAUAUAAUUACAAAACACUACAAAUGCAAUUGUGUGCAAUUUUAUCAAAUAACUAAAUCCCAAUGAAAUGAAUACCAAAAGAACUAUAAGCGGCAAGAAAAAUCAAAUUAAAUACUUUUAAGUUUCCUUAUGUUCAUUGUGAUCUUUUGUUAGUCAUAUAUAUUUUCUUUAUUAAAAGGUUGUUACUUUAUAAUUUAUUUAUGAUAUUGCGUUAAUACAACAAAAAUCUCUAUUUGAGUUUUGUAUUAAAAGUUAUUUAUUCUUUUGAAGUUCUAUUUGAAGCGUUUAGAUUAAUAAAAAGAGUAUCAACGUUGACGAUUGGCAGGAGACUUUAUUUUUUUGCCGCCAACCUUGAACUGUAUAUAUUGUAAGAUCGUGGCUAUAAGAAGGAAAAUUUAGGCUUUUUAGCAAAUUGAAUCAAACCAAAAUGAUCGAUUUUAGGAAGAAUUAUAUUUGCAAUAAUUAUUAUAAUUUACACAUAUAUCACAUACGUGUAUUUAAGUUUUGAAUCAAAGUCAAAUUUAUAGGGCGCAAAGAUGCUUAUGUGCAUUUCUUUUUGUGAAAUUUUAUGUGAAUAAAAUAAAAUGGAAUUUAA